UCAAGAACUACGGACGCUUCGCUCGGCCCUUGCUAAGUGGCGUGUGCUACAAUUAAGUAACGGGCAGAGACAUUUCACAACAACAACAAAAUAGGAAAAUAGAAUACAACAAGAAAUACAAAACAAAAACCAUCAAAAUCCCAAUAAAACCACAUUAAACAAGAAAAUAAUAAAUAGACAUCCGAGCACAUAUACCCACGCAAAAAUAAAACAAUAGCAUACUAGUUGGUACAACUGGGGUAUUUUAUACAUAACUCGCUAAAUCCUUCGUUUAACACAACGACCACCAGGAGGAAACAACCAAAAACUACAGUAAACCGGAAACACGAAAUAACCAUCAGCAAACUGCACCGAAGGUGUCCAGACAUUUGGUUAAAGUGCAAGCCCAAACGUUCCGCUGAUUAAUGGAAAUGUUUUAAGAAAGCGUGCUCGGGUUGCCAAAUCAAAGAGAAUCGACAGAUGCACCACCAAAUACGAGGAAAAACAACCAAAAACCGUGGCCAAAUAAAAGUCGUCAAGGAAUAAAGACACAUAGAUACACACAAAUGUACAUAAUUUAAUAAUCGGAUAUGCCUUGUAAAUACGACAUAAAUAUUUAGGAUCUAGGCAACUACGCUUAAUACGACAACUGAACAGGCAGGAGGGAACACAUCUUUUCGAAUAACAAGCAAACACGACUCUCACUCAACUCGGUAAACUUCCACAAUUACAGAUAAUCGCCACACAGUGAAACACUAAAACUCUACCCAAACAGAAACAACUCCCCCCACCAAAAACCUUAAACCAAGUAGAACAAUUUAUAUUAUACAUGUAAAAGACGAAACCUAAACCACAAAAACAAGAAAAAAACCAAAAAAAAAAUAAAACAAAACAAAACGAACGCAUAAAGGGCGCAAAAGCCCACUUUUCCAAAUUGCCGUCAAUGUGUUGAUGAACUACAUAAGCCGUCUUUGAACGCUCCUCAUCAGUAGGAUAUCGCCAUAAACUGCACUUCCCCAACAACAGGCAGCGAUCCGGAUACAGAUCAGCUAACAUUUUACCGGAUUCCGAGCCGGAAUCCGUGAAACGAACGUCAGAAGGGUUAAGAAAUACGAAUACCGAAGGUUUCGGCCGCAGGGUCAAGAUGCAUAUUGAAAUCCAGGUCGCCUUGAACUUCGUCAUAUCCUAUCUCUACAACAAGUUGCCGCGCAGACGUGUAAACAUAUUCGGCGAGGAGCUAGAGAAGGCCCUACGCGACAAGUUCCAGGAUCACUGGUACCCAGAGAAACCCUUUAAGGGAUCUGCCUAUCGCUGCUUGAAGACCGGGGAUCCCAUUGACUCGGUUUUGGAAAGGGCGGCUAGGGAAAGUGGGGUCCCAAUCGGCGAUAUCCUAGAAAACUUACCAAGCGAACUUUCCGUGUGGAUAGAUCCUGGGGAGGUCUCUUUCCGCAUUGGUGAAAAAGGAGCGGUAAAGAUUCUUUACACGGAGAACAAUGAAAAUCAUGAGGACAGUCACUCUGCAGAUCGCGAAGUCACCAAAAUGUUCAACCCGGAGGCGCAGUGCUUCCGACCCAUCGACGCCGUUAACACCACUAUGAACAAUAUGAGCCUGAGUCCCAAGGGGCAUCACCAAGCAGGAUCCUCGCCGCACUCGGCCGCGUCCAGUUCGCCCACGUACAAGGGCAGUCCGAACCGUACGAUCUCUGGCAGCUGCAGUUCCGUUUCGGCAACGGGAUCUGGGACGGGCUCUGCUUCUAGAUCAGGAUCCAAUCAUGCACCCGGUCCAAGUGCCGCUCCAGGUCCCGUUCCCGGAAACGGAGCCACCGCCAAUGCAGCUGCAGCGGCAUUCAUGCAGCGCGGCGCCCAGGCGCCAUUAACAUUCACCACGGCCACCUUUGCGCAGACUAAAUUCGGCAGCACCAAGCUGAAGACCAGCUCCAAGCGCACAAACAGCAGCAGCGCCUAUCGCAUGUCGCCCACUGAGUUCUCCAACUACAUCAAACAGCGUGCAAUGCAGCAGCAGAUGCAUCAUGGCCAUGCAGUUGUCCCGUCCGCAGGAUCAUCGGUAUCGGCAGCAUAUGGCGGCCUGGACGCCGUCUCGCCUGCCCGUUCCCUGUCGCCGAAUCCCCUAUCGCUGGCCGGAAAUCAGAAUCAGCCGGUAUCGGGAUCAUCGGCCGAUUCGUAUUACUAUCCAAACAUGGCGAUCAAUAUGUAUCCACAGUAUGGCACUCCACGCUGCCUCUUUGAGUCGCACUUCUCUGCGGAUGUUAGUAGCAUGGGUCUGUACGUGAGCGGAACUGCUGGUGCUGCAGUCGCCGCAGUCGGAAGUGUUGGCGCCAACAAGUAUAGUACUUAUCUGGAGCCGUGCUACUAUGGCAGUGGCCAUGCCAACAACACCCAACAGCAUCCGCAGCAACAGAAUCGCGGCGGAAUGGAUCGUCCAAAUAGUAGCGAAAGCUGCUUUGGCCUCAAUGUGGAUUGCGGCAGUGUUGUGCUCGAGGAUUCAUCAUCAUCGUCAUCUGCAGCAGCUGCUGCUGUGGCCGUUACCAUUGCCGGGGACUCAUCGGCGGAGAACAGUCCUCUAAGUACACCCACCGUGGCAGCCAUAAAUGUAGGAAAAGCCACCAGUCCUCCUUCCAAUUCCACCAGCAGCAGUAGUAGCCAUCCAACUCAACAAGUGGAACAGCCGUCCUCCUCAUCGGGAAACGGAAACGGAAAUGCAAACGCCAAUGCGAACGGAAACAACGGUAACAAUUCCAACAGCAAUACUAAACUGAUCGAUGGCAUAAGCGCCUUCUAUGGCACCGGAUCAUCGUAUCAGCAACUAUUGGUUGCCAACUAGAGUUUCCUCGAAGUCAAUCACCGCAAAGAGAAUCCACCAUAGUUAUACAUAGAAAAAUACCAACAAAAAAAAGGAAUAUUUCAUUCGUGGCAUGGUUAUUUAUGGAUUGCAUUUCUGUCUUACUGGUCACAACUCAAUGAGCAAUACGAAUUGUUAUGCAGUUUUCAGAUUUCGUGUAACUUUCCCGAUAGGAACCAAAGCAAAGUAAACGAGCUACUUGGUGGAGUGGUUGAUGUAGAUAUCAUCGUUACCAUUAUAGGCAAGUUUUUAUGAGGAAAGAUAACAUUAAAAUUCAAGGACAAACAUUAUUUGCCGUCUUGGAAAGUUAUGUAAUAAUGUUCUUGCGGAUGCGAGCAAGUUGGUUGGAUGCAUAUCUGCGGAGGAAAGAUUCGAUACGAUGUUGACACGCCCACGAUCUGGCACACAAGGAAGGCACAUAACCACCAGAUGUACAUGCAUAUGUGCGAGAAGCUGUAUGCAGAUGUAUAUACAGAUGCAUAUAUAUAUAUAUGGAUAGGGCCAAUAAGUACCAUGUGUGUGUGAGGCCCAUUAAUGUAGAUAUGUACGAGUUGUAUAUACAUAUAUAUAUCAGCCACUAAUAAUAUUUAUUUUGUUACCAAAUCCGGUGUAAAUCGCAAAGUGAAGUUUCCUUCUGGUAUCAAGCGCAUGCAUAGAAAAUUUAACUCAAAGUAUUGAGUGUAGCCAUAGGCAUGUACGAAUGAUACACUCUAAUCAAAAACACACAAACAAAUAAUGAAGAUUUACCGAAGCAAACCAAUAAGCAACAAUAAAUAAUACCACAAGCAUAAAUAAAUGUAAAGAGAACAUAUAUAAAUGUCUCAACUAAUUGUUUUUACUUGUUAUGCAUAUGAACGUAUAUAUAAAAAUAUGUUUAAUUAUCCAACUUAGGAUCAACUUUUACAUUAAGUUUUUAAUUAGUUGUAAACUAGAAUAAGAUCAUUUUUGUAGAUCAAGUUGCUAAAUCGAAAAACAACAUGUAUAUAUGUUUAUCGAUAAAAGUCAACAUUGUUGAUUAUAAAUAGAGGUGCAACUUGCAAACCCUGAGCAUCCUGACCUGUGAGGAAAGUUUUUCUGGAGUAAAAGUCCUUCUUCCCAUUCUUUGUAUUUUUCUACAAUUUUAUUCUAGUUUUGUAUAUAUCUGCAGCUAGCUUGCAAAAUAGUUAACGAAAUGUAUUCAGUUUCAAAACUAUACGAAAUAUACACACAAAUCUAUACAUUUUCAUACUACAAAUGAAAGAUUUCGUAAAAAUUAGUACAGGUAUCGUUCUGGUGAGUAAGCUUUUGCUUAAAUUUAUAUUAAUUUGAAUUUGUUAGACAACUUUUUGGUUGCAAUUGAAAGCAUACAACCCACAUAUUGCUCAAACCAUUAGAUAUAACAAAAACUCCUUUGAAACUUUCUUAGUUAUAUUAACUAAACACAAUAUUUCGAAAAUUCAAGGAUUAGGAAAAAGGACCUUUUUUUGAACACCCGAAAAAACUUUCUAAGAAACCGUAGAAAAAUGAACUCGAGCAUCUUCUACAUUAUAUAUUUUUCCGAUGCAAAAAUCUCUAAUUGUUUUCUUAUAAACUAAAUGUUGUUUUGCCCUAACCCUUUUAAUCAUUCGACUUCAUCGAAAUAAAAUCCUAUGCCAGAUAGAAUGUACUAUAAUAGGAUAUCGUAUGAUUUUAUUGAUAGUGCCAAGGUCGUCGGGUCACUGCUAAACUUUUUUACCCCCAAAUACAAGUUAUUCAAGCUAUGGAAGCUUUUACAUAUAAAAAACACCUGAACAAAUGAUAAAACAAAAAAAACAUUUAUAUUUUUGUUGUAUGUUAAAUUGUAUGUAUUACCAUUUGACUUCGUAUUUUUUUGUAUAUAUAUAUCUAUUUUUAUAUGAACAUUUGUAAUUUUUAUAAAUCGAGUACAGUAAAAAAUUUUAUACUUUUUAUAUGGGCCUAUGUGAAAAUACCUUGCUCUAUAUGAAUACUUACUUUAAUUAAACGGGAAAAUAAAAAGCAAAAAACCAAAAGACGAUUUAAGUUGAUCUUUAUUAAGUUCCAAAUGAAACACGAAAUGUUAAUGUAAAUAUGUCAUUAAAUGUAUUAUUUCA